UUCCUCAUAAUCAAAAAAUCUCUUUCUUCAUCAAUGUAAUCAUCUUUGUCUCCUGUGUCUCUUAUACUUUUUUAUCAUCAAAAACUAUGAUGAUAAACAUGAUGACUUCUACUUGAUUCUAAUCACAAUUGUGCCAAUGGUUAAUUUUUUUAUUAUUAUCACAAUUAAGAUAAUUUUAUCAACAAUUUGAUCUGCAUCUUGUUAGAAAAUCAUUUUCAAAUCAAGUGAUCAACAAUGUGAUAUAAUUAAUACAAUCAGUUGAUAGAGGAAAAACUUUUCCAAUCUUAGUGUUUGGAUUUGGCAUCAUUUCCGUUUCCCGUAUUUGUCUUUGGUUUGGUUUUGUUUUUUUUUCUCGCAUUUUCUUUCAGUGAAAACAAACAAAUGAUCAUCAAAAGGAAAUUGUCAAUUGUGAAGUUAAUUAAUUGUAACCUUGUUUCUAAUUUAAUGGUCAAUCGAAACUCAUUACACUUGAUUGAAGGUUAAUUAAGAUCUUGAAACUUGUUGUUACGUUUUAGUUUAUUUUUAUUACUUUCUAAUGGUCACUAAAUUAACUGACCGUUUCCAUUAUCGGUGUACAUCGGUACGUUACAACGGUUUAUGGCCAACAAUUUGUUCACUACCUUGACCAGUGGUAGACCUUAUGAUCCAUCAAUCACAGCCCAUCAUCAUCAUCAUCAACCACAAGAACACCAAGAAGACAAUCAAUUAGUCAAUCGAGAUACAGAUAAUAUCGUGAAAAACACUUCGGAAGAAAGUUCUGCUUAUCAUGAAGCCUCAUCAUUUCGAUAUCAUGUUGAGCAACAAUCACAACAGCGAAAUCAUCAUAAAUUACAACGAACCGGCGGAAAUUAUCCAAUCGAUGAAAAUUGUUGGCGUCGAAAUACAAAAUUCAAAGGUAACCGUUUACCGUUAUUAUCGAUACCUUCACCAUCAUCAUCAUCUUAUUCACAAAUUUCCGGGUCAAAUUCAGUUAGUUCAAUACCACAACUUGGGUCAUCUAGUUCACGAUUCAAGGGGAAAUUAUAUCUCAUCUUCAUCUAGAUAUAAUUUAUACUCGGUGGAGGAGAAGACUCAAAAGCCUGGUCGUAAUCAAAUGGUCAGUGAUCUUGAACGAGGUGAUGGUCAGUUUGUUGAUAAGGUUAAUGAUAGUCGUGAACUUGAAGAUGAUGAUGAUGAAAUUGAUAUUGAUGGAGAUGAGGUUGAUGAUGGCGAUGAAGAAGAUAACGAAGAAGAAGAAGAUGAUGAUGAUGAUGAUGAACCGGAUGAAGAUGAAGAUAAAAGAUACUUAUUUCCGUUAGAUCGUGGCUGUGAUUAUGUUACACCUCAUAUCAACCCUUUGACCAACAAUAAG